CAAAGAAGCCCAAUCCGAACAAAAAACAAGGAUAAGUAAGCCUUGAUGCUCUUCGUUGACCACAAGACGACAUGUGAAGCACACCACACUCUUCUUUCUUCUCUCAAGUAGGCCGCCUCUCCCAAAAGCUCUCCAUUUCUUUUCUUCUUCGAGCUCCCAGCCUCAUCAUCGAUCUCAACAACCCAGCCGCCCUUCUUCUUCAUCAUCGCCCUCGUCACUGUAGUCAUCGUCUUCCUUUCCUUUUCCCCUAUCCCCAGCCAAAAUCCGUUCCACUUCUGCUAAACCAAGUCGGAGGCUUUCUACAAAGUUUUGAUUACUCUGCAAUCAUCAACCCAUUCCCCUUUCUGGAUUCUGCUUUGAUUCAACUUUCUCGGUCCCGGACUCUGUUUUUUGUUUAAUGGGGAAGAUACAAGAGAGGUUUGCUCUGUUUUUCAACAACAGAUGGCUGGUGUUUGUAGCAGCAAUGUGGAUACAGUCGUGGGCUGGAAUCGGGUACUUGUUCGGCAGCAUAUCCCCGGUCAUCAAAAGCUCACUGAGCUACAAUCAACGUCAGCUGGCUAGCUUGGGAGUGGCUAAGGAUCUUGGGGACAGCGUAGGGUUCUUGACUGGUAGCUUGUGCGAGGUUCUGCCGCUUUGGGGCGCUUUGCUAGUUGGUGCUUUCCAGAAUCUGAUUGGGUACGGUUGGGUUUGGCUGGUCGUCACGGGUAGAUCUCCUCCUUUGCCGUUAUGGGCUAUGUGCAUUCUGAUAUUCAUAGGGAACAAUGGUGAAACCUACUUCAACACAGUUGCUCUAGUCUCAUGCGUGCAAAACUUCCCCAAGAGCCGUGGGCCAGUCGUCGGAAUCCUGAAGGGGUUCGCUGGGUUAAGUGGAGCAAUCCUGACACAGAUAUACACCAUGAUACAUGCCCCUGAUCACGCAUCUCUCAUCUUCAUGGUUGCUGUUGGACCAGGAAUCAUAGUCAUCACACUGAUGUUCAUAAUCAGGCCAGUUGGCGGCCAUAGGCAAAUCAGACCAUCUGAUGGCACAAGCUUCUCGUUUAUUUACAGUGUCUGCAUUCUCUUAGCUGCUUACUUGAUGGCAGUCAUGCUGCUUGAAGAUCUAGUCACUUUGAGUAAAACAGUAAUCGUAACUUUCACGGGCAUCUUGUUCGUGCUCCUUGUGCUUCCGAUUGCAGUACCCAUAUGGUUGAGCUUCUUUUCUCCUGACCAGAGUGAUCCAUCAGUGGAGGCUCUCCUUUCCCCUCAGAAUGAGAAAGGACAACCGUCACAGUCUGAGCAAGAUGGGCAUGAGGUGAUACUGAGUGAGGUCGAGGACGAGAAGCCUAAGGAAGUAGACUUGCUCCCAGCCUCAGAGAGACAGAAGAGGAUUGCACAGUUGCAAGCAAAGUUGUUCCAGGCAGCUGCAGCAGGAGCAGUGAGGGUGAAGAGGAGGAGCGGUCCUCAUCGAGGAGAGGACUUUACGUUGGGGCAGGCAUUGAUCAAGGCAGACUUUUGGCUCAUCUUCUUCUCGCUUUUGUUGGGUUCUGGAUCUGGGUUGACCAUCAUUGAUAACUUGGGGCAGCUCAGUCAGUCACUAGGCUAUGACAAUACACAUGUCUUUGUGUCCAUGAUCAGCAUUUGGAACUUUCUGGGCCGAGUUGGUGGUGGCUACAUUUCCGAGGUAGUUGUCAGGGACUAUGCUUACCCUAGACCAGUCACAAUGGCAGCUGCCCAGUUUGUCAUGGCAAUCGGACACAUCUUCUUUGCCUUUGACUGGCCUGGGGCAAUGUACAUUGGCACUCUCUUGAUAGGCGGUGGCUAUGGAUUCCACUGGGCAAUCGUCCCAGCUACUGCUUCUGAGUUAUUUGGUCUGAAAAAGUUUGGAGCUCUCUACAACUUCCUCACACUAGCAAACCCUGCAGGCUCACUCGUCUUCUCAGGCAUGAUUGCAAGUGGCAUAUAUGAUCGAGAAGCUGAGAAGCAAGCCGGAAUUCACAAUCCGAAUUCCCAGUUCUUCCUUUCAGGGAGAAGAUUCUUCACAGACUUUUUCAGUGCCGAAGAUACAUUGAAGUGUGAAGGCUCUGUGUGUUACUUCCUCACUUGCAUGAUCAUGUCGGGAUUCUGUGUCAUUGCAGCUAUCUUGAGCUUGAUCCUCGUGCAUCGUACCAAGGUCGUCUACAGGAACCUCUAUGGCAAAUCCAGGACCUGACCUGAGUUAUGUAGGAUUACCCUUUUCGGGUUAGUUCACUAUCAGGAAUGGAGUGUUUAUAUACUUGGAGCAAUGGAGUUUCUGGAAUCAUGAAGAUGCUUUUACUUGGAGAAAAGAUGCAUUCUUUCAAGAGAUAUUCUCAAGUAAAGGCUGUGUUUUUUGAGUUAUGCCCUUCGUCAUAUUUUCUUGUGCAACCAUUUUUCUGGAUUUUUUUUUCUGCAGAAUGUUGAAUUUGCUGCACAUUUUACUCCUGUCUCAUCAAUUUCUAUUUGUUUUGAUGGGUUGUUAAGCUAUCCAGAGUAAGGAAAAAGGCAAACUGCUCUCUUUUGUCAACUGCAGAGUGCCCUACAUUGUAGUGUUUUCUGCCUCUUCUUGUGUGUUCUUCAAUUAAGAUUGGCAUUUGGCAAUGAGAAAUCAGCAGUGUAUCUGUCAUUUACUCUUUAGAUUUGUAUUGUUGAUGAAUAUUUAUUAGUG